ACAAUUAUUAUUUGUAAACAUUAUUUUAUUAAUCAAGAAAAAUGGCUUUUCCUUUAUUUCCAUCAUUAAUGCCAAAAGCAAUUGAUUCAUUAUGGUUUAAUGUAGACAGUCCAGUCGAUGAAGACAGUGAAUUACAAGAAUUAGAAGUUGCUCAUAAAGCUUUUCGAGAUUCCAUUUCACAGAAAAAUAUUGAUUUGGUACCAAUUGGAAAACCAGCAUCUGAGAACUUAGAGGAAGAGGACGAAGACGAUGAAGAUGACGAUAACGAUGAUGAUGAAGAAAGUGACAGUCGCGAUGAAGAAGAUGAAGAUGAAAUUGACAUGGAAAUAUCUUACGAACAAACAGGACCAGUAGAUAAUACAUCGUAAUAUAUUUUUACAACUAUC